AUGGGCAUGUCAACCCAGAGGUUUUCCCGUCCGAAGUAUCUAUGCCAUAAGCGUCUUAUGCUAUCGAAUAAACGUGCUUCGAGAGCUGCGCAGCAGCUUCAAGACCAAAAAUUUGCCCUUCUACAAGAAUAUCGUCAUCAACAUCGAAGAGAGGGGUCCGACAGAGCGAUACACUCGCAACUGGUGUAUUUAGGAGCUGCUCUUAAGAACACAAUCCAAAAGCUAGAAUGUGAAGACAUUGGAGCGAAGGUCGGCAGCUACACCAUCUUCGCUGACGUCGUCAUUCUAGAGACAUCUAGCAUCAGCCAAGCGCAACUAAUGCUAGCCGAAUUCGUGGACAUGUGGAAGCCUUAG